UGAUCACCAUCAUGAUUUCAAAUCACAAUAGUUAAUAAUACAGAAAAAAACUCUAUACCUGCAAGAAACAAGGAUUGUGGGUCAUACCAUAUGAUUAGUACACAAUAAAAAAAGAGAAGUGUGUCUAGACCUUCUAAAUCGGUCAGAGAAGUGUGAAUUCAUAAUGAAACCAUUCAUCUCACACCCAGAACGGCCGAAACCAUCCAUCAUGCUUUUAACUUCUUGCAUGGUUGUAGUGUCAGGUUGAUGAUGCUCAGAAUGAAGCUCUCUGUCUUCAGCUGGCUCUUUUUUGCUGUGCAGAGAGAGAUUUCGGCUGUUCUUAGGCUGACGGGCACAGAGAACGAGCAGCUCAACUUCACCUGUUCACACUCGUGGGCCACAACAAACAUAAAAUACUUCUGCAGCCUUGAGUGCAGAGACAAAGAUGUCCUCAUCCGAUCUGUAGGAGUGGGGAGAAUAGCCAAGAAGGGACGAUACUCUCUAUAUGACAGAGGAGGACGAUUUACUGUCAGUAUCAAAAGGCUGAUGAAGUCAGACGAGGGGCAGUACUGGUGCGGAGUAGAGAGAUCUGGCAUUGACACUUAUCAAGAAGUGAUCAUUAAAGUGCAAGAUGCCCCUCAGGUCACUGCAGCACCUCAAACCUUUGGCCCAGGGAUAACUGAUGUCCUAAUCUCAGUUAAAGGUAACACACAAGCCCACACACCCACACACUCACCCACAUACACACAGGUGACUAGAGGACCUGGAACUCCACCAUUACUGACUGCAGCUGUUGGACACGAGGCUACUUCACCUAGAAAUGUUAACAACCGGUUCUCAAACAAAGGUAACACACACACACAGACUAUUUCUCACUAUGACUUUCAUUUCAGUUCCUCUUUUUCAUCAGGCUAAUAU